AUGGAUCAAGUAUCUGUACCUGUUUCUCUUCAUUUGUAUGCUUCAUCUGUUCCAUUAUUUAAUGGUUUAAACUUUUCUGAUUGGUGCGAACAAGCUCAAUUUCACUUAGGUGUUCUGGAUCUUGAUUUGGCACUUCAAAUUGAGAAACCUACUACUAUUACUAAUGAAAGUAGCAAUGAAGAAAAAGCUUUGUAUAAAGCUUGGGAAAGGCCGAACAUAUUAAGCUUAAUGUUUAUGCGAAUGACUGUUGCAAACAACUUAAAGAGUACAAUUCCUAAAACUGACAGUGCUAAGGAAUUUAAAAUGAUUAUUGAGGGAUGUUCUCAAACAGCUGAUAAGUCACUUGCUAGCACAUUAAUGAGUAAUUUGACCAACAUGAAAUAUGAUGGUUCACGUGCCAUGCAUGAGCAUGUUCUUGAAAUUACUACCUUAGCGGAAAAAUUAAAAACCUUAGGAAUGAAUAUGCAUGAGUAUUUUCUAGUACAAUUCAUAUUGAACUUCUUGCCUCCUGAACAAUAUGGUCCAUUCUAA